AUGACAACUUCAGAAAAUAUAACCAUCUUAAGGAAAUCUCAAAUCAAAGAAAUACAGACAAAUGCGCAAAAUAUUAAAGAUGAAAUCAGAAAUAUACGUCAGAGAGUAGUAGAAGUGAUUUUAAGAAAGGAAAAACAACUCCUUGAUAAAGUCGACCGAUCAUCCGAUGAACAAUUACAUGAAUUACACGCAGAAAUAAAAUCCCAGGAGAUUGAGCUACAGAUGUACCAGCAGCAGUAUGAGUUCACAGCCAAUGCUGUGACGUCCAACUGUGAGAGGGACAUGUAUGCUGUCUACGAGUCGGUGGGUCAGGCGCCUACAGACAACAGACAGACGGGCAACAGACCAGCGCCAGGAAGGGUUGUAUUCACACACGACAUGGGCAACAGACCAGCACCAGGAAGGGUUGUAUUCACACACGACACGGACAACAGACCAGCGCAAGGAAGGGUUGUAUUCACACACGACACGGGCAACAGACCAGCACCAGGAAGGGUUGUAUUCACACACGACACGGACAACAGACCAGCGCAAGGAAGGGUUGUAUUCACACACGACAUGGACAACAGACCAGCACCAGGAAGGGUUGUAUUCACACACGACAUGGACAAGCUGAGUAAAGCAGUGGAUGACCUACAGCUGGGGGAGGUUGCAGCUGUCCGUUGUGUGAGUGACCGCCAGUCUACCCCUGUUUUACAUCACAAUAUUGACUGUGUGGCGGACGGGGAUAAGAAGGAUACUCAUUUGAAUGACGUCACAGUGUUGACUGUUGAUGGUUUAACUGUAACAGUAGUUGCAGAUUACUAUAACAAGAGCCUCAAAACAUAUCACACAUCAGACCCAAACACGCUUGGUAAUUUACUGCUUUCUGGUUGGCCUUGGCAAAUAGCAAAGUUAAGUGAGAGUCAGAUAGCUGUCAGUGUUCCAAACAAUAAGGAAAUAGUUACAGUGAAUGUUACCCCAGAUCCUGUAUUACUGUCAACUAUCAAAACAAGCAAGGAGUACUUCGCUCUGUCCUCUCUGAGCCCUUCACAGCUGGCGGCGGGUACAUGUAGACAAUCUCACUCUGUGGACAUACUGGACAUGACAGGGAGGAUACUGAAGUCUAUCAACACAGGUAUCAUAAGGAGUCCAGACUAUAUCCAUGUCACCAGUAAUGGUGACUUGAAAGUCAGUGGAGUUAACUCCCUUGUAUGUGUGACCAGUGAAGGAGUCGCUGUUUCCACCUACACUCCCGCGGGAGUCAGAGCUUUGACAUUUCCUCGGGGUAUCACAACAACCAGCACAGGAGAUAUCCUGCUUGCAGACAAAGACUCCCACAAGGUGAUUCAGCUGACAGAGUCGGGGCAGUUUGUCAGAGAUGUACUCACACAUCAGGAUGGUCUGAAAGAUCCCCGUGGUAUCUGUCUUGAUGGGGACAGGUUUCUGUAUGUUACAUGUGGCCGAUUUGUCCGCAUAUUCAAAUUUAAAAAAACCCUGUGAAGUGAGACAUGUCUACAUAUGUACAUGGUUAAGACCAUGAGACAAUUCCUCCUUUACGGCAAUUUCCGAUCUUGUUCAUUGCUUUCAACAGUAAUUCACAUAGUUAAGAUAUUACAUCCACUAUUGGAAUGGAAUGUCACAAAGAGAAGGCCUAUCUCAUGGCAGUACCUGAGAUCACGUGACCUGAGUCCGCUCACCUAGAACAGUGAUGUCAUUUUCUGUUGAAUAAUAUAUGUUUGAGGAGUGUAGUUGGUGAAUCCCCAUGCCUCUUAAAAAUAUUUAAUUUUGAUUGAAUCAUGUGUUAGUCGUUGCUCGAAAGUUUUAUUUGAACUUCCCGACAGACAUGUCCAGCAAUUCAUAACUUAAUCGUAGUACCAAGAAACUAUGAUGUUUAUGUUUGAUCACAUGACAUAUAUAUAUAUAAUACUUAACACUACUAUGUCUACUACAUGAACUUAUCACGGUUCCCUGAGAGUUUGACAGCUUUCGGUCUGUUAUAGGAGAGAUAAUGAGUAGCGGAUGCCUUCAGAACUGUUGAACUUCGAUCACUAUUAUCGACAGAUUCUAAAUAAUAUGACGGACGCGCUAGCGAUUGAAGUUGCCGUAAAAGAUCACAAUACCAACACUGAUCAACCAUUAAAAAAACUCCAGCAGGGAAAACAUAUUGUAUUACUUUUCUAAAAGUUUCAGCACCGUUUCAGUUUGAUUUAUGUUCAAGGUAGACGGAGCUUUAACACACAUUUAGAAACCUCCUCCCCAGUUCUGAGCAUUAUAGGCAAUACACGUAGUGAAACCAUAUCUUGAUAAGGGAUUGCCGAAGUAUGUAUUGCCGAUAUAUUCAAACAAUUCAUUUGCAAAAUUAGUGAUCAGAAUACAUCACUGAACAUCAGUUAAUAGCUUAUUAUUGCACUUUUGUGUCAAGGAACGUUACUGAGGAAUUUCACAUUGUGACACUUGGUCUGUGAGUUCUCUAUCGCAGUCAUUAAAGUCGACUUCUUGUCCCACUUUGGGCUUUCUUCCCUUAAAGAUGACACAUUGUGACAACCGAAAUACUCAAAGUAGCGUUAAUACUCAACCUAGUAUGCAAUUUAUUAACAUUGCAAAGUGUUUACAAUGUUUCGACAUUUUGGUAAACAGUUAUCAGGAUUCCUAUUUGUUUAGAUCCUCGUCUCAAUAACAGGAACAACUCCGAAUACUUCAGCAACUAAACAUAUAUCUUCUCAACUUGUUUGUUCUCCUUCAUUUAGCACUAAGACCCCAUUGGGAUUCAGGUUACAGAGGUCCCCAGCAAUCUGUGUAUGUAGUAAGAGACGAUUUAAUGGAUCGUGUGGUCGGGCUCGAUGACUUGGAUCAUUGUGUAUCACCGUGCUCGUCGAUAGUUGUUAUAUUAUCAAUCACCAGAUAGUCUGGUUCCGACUCGUACAGGUCGACACCAUAGAGACGGAAUAUUGCUUGAUACGGCACUGAACGGGAUAAAACAAGCAUAGAGGAAUUUUAUCAAGAAAAUGAGUUAAAUGGUGAUGAUUUGAAGUUUUCUAAUGUUUGUAAUUAGUUACACUCACAUGUAGUUUUGUCCCGCGUGUGCAUGUCCAUGUGUAUUAUAGGAUGUAUUGUAGUAUAUAUUGUAGUAUAUAUUGUAGUAUUUAUUGUGGGGUUUGUAUCAUGACUGUUAGGAUGCAUAAAAAUAAACGUUUCUCAACAUAUUUGUUUCUGAAGUGAGGAGGGAGAUAGGAUUUUUUUCAUAUUGAAAAAUGUCAUCAUGAAGGCUUCUUAGUUCCUGCGCAUCAAGCAUACCACAUGGGCAAAAGAAAUUGAUUUGAGCUUGGCUCUUUAAUGCAACGUCAAAUGCCAAUAUGCAGAACAUGAUCUGCUUCAUAUCACGAGACAUUUGACAAAAAUAUGUUUUCUGGCAAACUAAACACAAGGCCAAAAGCGUUUCUCUCUCUUUUUACCUCCCAGGGGUGGCCCAGUGGGAUAACUGCGUCUCUUCGCAAUUGGCUGUCGUGGGACGUUGCUCAUGUUAUCAACCAUGGGUUUCUAUUAUCCUAUUAUAAUCUAUUAUUUACGAGCGGUCGUUAUGCAACAGACAUACUGCUGAUUGGGUAUUAAACAGUCAAUCGUACUUUGCAAUUGAGGCGAUUUCAUGACUUUCCCAUACCCAUAAAAAUGACAAAUUAAACUGAUGCCUCUUUGCG